AUGACCCGCAUCGCCGCCGCCGUCGCUGGUUACCGCGUCUCGCCGCGUCGGCGUUCCCUCCGGCGUCUCUUCCGGUCCAGAGUCAUUCAUCUCAUCUUCCUCUUCCUCUUCCUCGUCACAUUCUUCAACGCCUUCUGCAUCCACCGUCGAAUCGCCCACCUCGACAGGCCACCGGCUGCCUUUGACGUCCCCAGGAAGCAGGAACGCAUCUACAUUGCCGCCCUGCACUGGAACGAUGCCGCCUUGGUCCGGGACCACUGGACCCCCGCCGUUCUCGAUCUCGUCGACGCUCUCGGCCGCGAUAACGUCUUUGUCAGCGUCUACGAGAGCGGAUCCUGGGACACAACGAAAGCCGAGCUGGCCACCCUCGAUGCCCAGUUGGCCGCCCGCGGUGUCCGCCGCAAUAUCGUCCUCGACAUCUCCACGCACCAGGACGAGCUCGAACGCAACAUGCCUCCCGAGGGUCAUCCGCUGCCAGAGGGUUGGAUGAAAACGCCCCGUUCCCGCGCCGAGAUGCGUCGCAUUCCUUUCCUGGCCCGGUUACGGAACAUGACGCUGCGGGAUCUCUGGGACUUGGCCGAUAAGGGGGAGCGGUAUGAUAAGGUCCUGUUCCUCAACGACGUCGUCUUCAGUGUCCAAGAUGUCUUGACCCUGCUUGACACCAACCGCGGUAUCUACGCCGCCGCUUGCUCCCUUGACUUCUCGGAUCAUGCCGAAUUUUACGACACCUUCGCCCUACGCGACAUCCGCGGAGACGCCUAUCUUACCGCCACCUGGCCCUUCUUUCGUGCCCCAGCCAGUCGCUCUGCCAUGGUCGCCCACAGCGAUGCCGUUCCGGUCCAGAGCUGCUGGAACGGCAUAGUCGCCAUGCCCGCCGCUCCCUUCACCUCCUCCGCGAAACAUAAGCGCUUGCAGUUCCGUUCUAUCCCAGACUCACUCGCCACCCUCCAUCUCGAGGCCUCCGAGUGCUGCCUUGUCCACGUUGACAACCCGCUCUCUGGCGAACUCGGCGUCUACCUCAACCCCCGUGUCCGUGUCGCCUAUCAACCCGAAGCAUAUGCCGCUGUCAACCCGGCCGAUGGCUCCAGCUGGGUGAGCAUGUGGGCCAUUGCAAAAGGGUUGUGGUGGCACCGUCUUCUCGCUUGGUUCACGACCGAUGCCCUGAAAGGCCACGUUGUGGACAAGCGGAUGAAGACGUGGGAGGCCCAGAGCGUCAGCCACCAGGAGCCAGGCCGGGUUUGCAUAAUCAAUGAGGGUCAGGUGUUGGUGUGGAACGGAUGGAAGCACGUAUAA